AUCCCAACCCUGACGCCUGCUGCUGCUGCUGUAUGUUUGGAGUUUGCGUGUCUCACUCGCCGUGGUGGCGUGGAUUUAUCUUCGGGUUUCUCCCCCUUCUCCACACGUUAAGAUCAACAUCGCGAGUGAAGAAUAUUUGGUGGUACUGCUGCUGCUGCUAAGAGCCGUACAUUUCCACUUGAUACGCUGAGCUAUAAUUUCUUUUUUUUUCUAGCGAGGCCUGUUUCUGAAAAAAAUAACUCGGGUGGGCCUUAACCUGGUAAAACAAAACAAAAUAGCAAAAUCAAAAGUUUAGUUUUACAGCUUAAAACAAUUGCACCGGGUUCGACAUUCAGCGUCUCAUCAGCAGUGUCGAGGCCGCCCAACCUCCUCCAGUCUGGCACCAACCCCGCGGCUUCCCUCCGCAUCCACCGCCGCACGUCGCUCGCAGUCCGCCGCACACUUCGAGUAGCCGCCGGGAUUGACGAGAGGGGGGCGGGGGGGGGGUCCCCUCGUACCACCGGGACACCUCGAAGGGCCGAGGGCGAAAGAGGCGAACCGAGGGGGGCGCACCGAGGGGACCCCGGUGGAACGGGGUCCGUGGACCCCGACUGCGAUAGGCCGCAUCCUCCGGUCUUCCCUGAGCCGCGUGGCCGGGCCGAGGGCGAGGCGGAGCCCGCGCGGGGAGACGCCGUGCGCGGCAGUGCCUCGGCGAGGGAGUUGUGGUCAGAGUCGAUGCAUUUAAGCGCGAUGUUCGGCCUGUCGCACAAGACGGCGCUGGUGCUGGACCACGGCGUGCACAUGGGCGAGUCGUGCAAGCAGAGCGUGGAGCUCGACGUGUUCACCAAGAGCCGCGCACCGGGGCUCAUCCCGCUGGCGCCCGUCUCCAAGUCGCUGUGGACCUGCGCCGUCGAGUCGGCCGUCGAGUACUGCCGCAUCCUCUACGACAUUUUCCCCAGCAGGAAGCUGGUACGCUUUAUCGUCAGCGACUCGGAGGCGAGGUCACUCAACUCCUGGAACCAGGACGAGCAGAGCCUUCAGCAGAUCUCGGCAUCGCUCGCGAUGGUAGGGCCCCCAGACCCGCGCUCGGAGCCCGAGUACUGCAGCCUACUGCAGGGCGUCAUGGAGGCAGUGGAGACUCUUUGCCAGUGCUCGGAACUGCAGCAUGAGGCUCGCACCAGCCUCCUCGAGCGCGCUGAGCGGGUCUCCAACCGCGGCCGUAUCCUCGCCAUCACCAGCCUGCGCGGGGACAGCCAUGUGCGCAUGCUGGAGGAGGCGGUGCAGGAGGCAAUUCAGGAGCACAACAAGCUGGCAGCUGGCUCAGACAGCCUCAUGCCGAUUCAGCAGUGUGAGCUGGUGCUGGUUCACACUCACCCAAUCAGCGACGAGAGCUGCGUGUCCGAGCACCGCAAGCGAGAGCUGUCUCCAAUCCUGUCAAGCGAGGUAUACAGCGUACGUGCCGGGCGCUACCUGCCUGCCAAACUGACAACGCUGGUGCAGCAGCAUUUCAACCUGGCAUCCACCACCAUCACCAAUAUCCCCAUGAAGGAGGAACAGCAUGCCAACACUUCGGCAAACUAUGACGUGGAGCUGCUGCACCACUGCGACGCGCACGCCGAGCUUUUUAAACUCGGUGAGUGGCGCCCGCACGCCUGCGCACGUGACCUGAGCGCGCUGACUCCGGGCAGCAGCGGCAGCAGGGAGGGCGUCACCAAGGAGACUGUGACACUCAAGUGGUGCACACCGCGCACAAACAGCAUCGAGCUUCACUACUGCACCGGGGCAUUCCGCAUUUCGCCUGUGGAUGUCAACAGCCGGCCUUCCUCCUGCCUCACAAACUUCCUCCUCAAUGGCCGCUCCGUGAUGCUGGAGCAGCCACGCAAGUCCGGCACGAAAGUGAUUGGGCACAUGCUGUGCAGCCACGGCGGGGAGAUCUUCCUGCACGUGCUCAGUAGCUCACGCUCCACCCUGGAGGACCCCCCCUCCAUCAGCGAGGGCUGCGGUGGACGCGUCACCGACUACCGCAUCACGGAUUUUGGAGAGUUCAUGAAGGAAAACCGCCUGGCGCCGGUGCCGGGGCCAUUGCCUCGCGCGGGGGAGACCCCUCUGGACCGAGCUAGAGCGCAGCUGGAGCGACACACGCGAUACUGGCCCAUGAUCAUCUCCCAGACCACAAUCUUCAACAUGCAGGCUGUGGUGCCGCUGGCGAACCUGGUGGUACGGGCGUCGCUGAUGGAUGACGACGUGCUGGAGUGCCAGAAAGUUGUUUACCACCUUGUGGAAAUGGAGCGCAAGAGCGACCCCCUACCCAUCUCCACGGCCGGGACCCGCGGAAAGGGGCCCAAGCGGGACGAGCAGUACCGGCUGAUGUGGAACGAGUUGGAGACGCUGGUGCGGGCGCACGCGGGGGACUCGCCAGGGCACCAGCGCGUACUCGACUGCCUGCUGGCAUGCCGCAGCAAGCCCGCGGACGAGGACGAACGCAAAAAGGGCAAGCGCAAGAAGGAGGAGCGCGAGGAGCGCGCCGAGCGGAGUGGCCUGCGCGACCCGGAUGCCGAGACCGACAGGUUUCGUGAGCGGAGCGGAGACAAGGAGGAAGCGGCGGAACCGGAACUCAUCAAGGACUCGCCGGACUCUCCUGAGCCGGUCCCCUCCAAGCGACCGCGCUUGUCCUCCGACGACGCAAAGCCUCUUGACAAGGCCCGGGGUCCCGUGUCGCUGCUGAGCAUGUGGACAAGCAGAAUGGACGCGCUGCACGCGAGAAAGCACCAGGAGUUCGCGGGGCGGCUGGUCACUGGUGCUGGUGGACGGGCCGAGCUCUACUGCCACCUCAAGGAGGAGAAUGGCGUGUUUCCCAGCGCCAGCGCGGACGGGAGGGAGACGCCCAAAACGAGCCGACAGUGACGCAGGGACAAGCCGGGUGAGCGAGGCCAUUGUGGAGCGGAAACUGCGUGCGAUCAAAACCACUGUGGCACUAGCCUGUC